GGGGGGGGUUUUGGGUUUUGGGUUUUUUUUUUGACAAGAGAGUGUAUUGGUUCAGUCCGGCCCACGGAGCUUGCGGUCGCCGGUUAAGUGUUCCUUUAUCCCACCUUUUCCCCCCUUCAAACGGUCUCAAUUCUUGUCCACCUCGUUAUUGUUUCCCACGCCAUUAUCUAGGUCCGAGAAAGAAAAAAAAAAGGAGCCAACCCCCAAAUACCCCACAUCCCGCCACCUUUCCGACGGGUGGGCCGAACGACUCCGUGUGCUCUUUCCGACCCGGUCUUCAGCCCUUUAGUGUAGACUCUGCCCCUCCACUCCAUACAAACUUCCCCUCCAAAGCUAUUACUGUCUACAUUCUUUUCCAUCUUUCUGUUACGGAGUAGGAGAGUGCGCAAUUUCUACUUCCCUUGCUUUCCCACAAUCGCUUUGCUUAGUUUUAGAAAGCAAAGAAUAAAACGACAACCAUGACGUCCGCAUUCAAGUCCUUCGUCUCAGGCGCCAAAAAGUUCGCCCUGGGAACCGCCAAAGGCGUCCCGGUCCUCGAGCUGUUCCCCAAGACCGACCCGGCCGUCGACGGCGAGGAUUGCGAGCACGAUUGCGAGAGCUGCCACGUCAAGUACCCCAAGGGCUUCAAGAUUGACGAGGGCGACGAGCUGUACGGCAUGGUCAAGGGAUGGAGCACGCACGCGCUCGUCGCGACGGGGAAGAGCGAUUGGGUGCGGGACGUGGCGGACGAGAAGGGGAGUGUGAUGGAGGCGAUUGGCAAGGCUGCGGCGCCGAGUAACGGGAAACUGAUGCUCUCGGCCUCCAACAUCCCGACCCCGAACCACUCGAGCGACUACACCGAACCCACGACAGUCCUCCUCCUCCCGGCCUUUGUGAUCAUCGACCACGUCACACCCAAAAGGGUCCCCGAGCUCAUCACCGAAUUCGUAGACAAGGCCCCGACAAACAUCUCCCCGCUCGCGCCGCUCGCCCUCCCGACCUCCGUCCCCGUAGCCUCCUUGACAAACAACGGCACCGACACGAGCGCAGCCGCAGCUGCCACUACUACAUCGAGCAACGGCAUACCCCCCGAGAUCUCCCGCCGCCCAUGCCCGCACAGCGCGCUGAUCCUCCUCUGCUCGCAAAAGACGCGCGACGCCCGCUGCGGCCAGUCCGCCCCUUUGCUGCGCAAGGAGCUGGAGCGCCACUUGCGGCCCCUGGGUCUGUUUCGCGACAUGGACGACGAGAGGCCCGGCGGGGUGGGGAUUUACUUCAUCUCGCACGUCGGCGGGCACAAGUACAGUGCUAAUGUGAUGGUGUACCGCCGGCCCGACGCCUUUGGGCUGGAUGAUGUCGAGCGCGUGACAGAGGGCGGCGAGCACAUGGUGCCCAAGGCCAAGACGGUGGUGCCGGAGACGGAGGAUGUGGGCGCUGCGCAGUGUAUUUGGCUUGCGCGGAUCAAGCCUGAGGAUUGUGAGAAUUUGGUUAAGUAUACUAUAUUGCAGGGCAAGGUUGUGAAGCCUGAGACGCAGUUGAGGGGUGGAUUUGAUAGGGCCAAGGGGAUAAUGAGUUGGUGAGCCGUUUUCGGUCUCUUUUUGUUGUUUUGUUUCAUUCUUAGAAGCGACUUUGGGCGCAUACUACCUGGGGGGAUCAUGAUCAGGGCCAAUGGGAUACAGGUCUGGGGGCGUUGGAGGAUACGGUACAUAGAGGAAGACCGGCAGACGGUAUUUUGGUAGACAAGAGCUUGCAAUAGACGAAAGGGUUUGAACUUUGCAAUGCGAUGAGUGCCAAGAUCAGAUCCAUUUACAUCAUGAAUCUUGCGAGACGUGAUUUAGA